AUGAAGAACCAUUCUACCAUUACAGAGUUCAUCCUGGAGGGUCUUUCCAGCUCCCCUGAACAUCAGAUAUUUAUAUUUUGGGCAUUCACCUUCAUCUAUACAGCAGCAUUGGUAGGCAAUGUCCUCAUCAUCCUUGCCAUCUGCACGUGUAGCAAACUCCACACGCCAAUGUAUUUUCUUCUCAUCAAUUUGUCUAUAAUAAAUGUGUGUUCUAUUUCUGUUACAGUUCCCAAAAUGCUGCAAACUAUUUUUGCACCAAGAAAGACAAUUGCACUUCCCGGUUGCAUUGCACAGGUCUUUCUCUUCACCUUGGCUCUAGGGACUGAGCUCCUGCUCCUUGCAUUCAUGGCUUUUGACCGCUAUGCUGCUAUCUGCCAUCCUUUCCAGUACUCAAACAUCAUGAGGACUGAGUUUUGCAUUGGGGCAAUGGCUGGACUAUGGCUAAUAGGCUUGGUAAAUUCUGCAGUACACACAGGACUGGUAGCACAGCUUUCCUUCUGUAACUCCAACAUCAUCAACCAUUUCUUCUGUGAGCUACCACCUAUGUUCAAGAUCUCUUGCUCAGACACAAGUCUGAAUGAAAUGAUGGUUUUUGCAGCUUCUGUGCUAAUUGCAAUAGGUAGUUGUGCCUUAACAUUAACAUCGUAUGGAUUUAUCCUAAGAACCAUAGUCAAAAUCCGCUCAACAGAAGGGAAGAAGAAAGCCUUCUCUACAUGUUCUUCCCAUCUCUUAGUUGUAAGCUUUUACUAUUCCACAAUUAUCUACACUUUCCUUCGGCCUGCCUCAGCCUACUCCUUAGAAGAAGACAAGGUUAUUGCUAUCCUUUACUCAGUAGUAACUCCAGUCCUCAAUCCACUCAUAUACUCUCUGAGAAACACUGAUGUUAAAGAAGCUCUUGCAAAGCUAGUAGGUAGAAGGCUCUUCCAGAGAGAGUAG